AUGCAAGGCGCUGGAUUGAAGAAAGACCCUCGCACAACUAAGUGCUUCAUAGUCGGAGGCGGAAUUGGAUGUCUCUCUGCCAUAGUUCGUCUGGUAGAGCUAGGUGUACCGGGUCCUAACAUACAUUUCAUCGAACUCUAUGGAGACCAAAAUCACACUGCCAAUGCGUUUGGCAACCCUGUAGAUGGCUACACCGUUCAUGCUGGACUCCAACCCUACUACCAUGACCCUUGUGUGGAAGAUCUCCUCAAGCUUGUCCCUGAUGUUUCAAAACAAGGUAGAUCUCUGAACGAUAUCAUCAAGGACGACGCACGGAGGGCGCAUGGCCUGCCGAAGGCUUCGACGCGUCUUCUUGCGGGAGCAAGUCCCAAACCUACGAGAGUUGACACCAAACGGCUUCACCUUAGGCUACAGGAUCGAUUAACUAUAUUCAGAUUUAUGCUCGAAGAUGAAAGCACUCUUGGCGAUAAAGCCGUCAGAGAGGUUUUCGAUUCCGAGUUUUUCUCUUCUAACUUUUGGAUAUUCUGGUCGACCACAUUCGCGAUGCAGCCCUGGCAUAGUGCUGAAGAAUUCCGACGACAUUUGUGCAAAUAUCUACAUGGAAUUCAAAGCUUGAAUGAUUCAAACAUCUUCCGUCGGACUCAAUAUACUCUACAUACCUCGAUCAUCAAACCAAUCGAAGAAUUUGUUCUUAGCAAAGGUGUCAAUGUUUGGCAACAAGCUGAACCCAAGCUUAUCAGCACAAGUUCUUCUAACGGUACCACAAGCGUUAUCGGGAUCGAAUUCCUGUCAAAAAAUGACGGGAAUGUAUCUCUCCCUAUUUGCCCAGAAGAUAUCUUUAUCGCCAACCCGGGCCCUAUCAGAUCAAACGUUUCGCUAGGGUCUAAUUCCCAACAUCCGAAGCCACUUGGACUAAUGAUGGAAGAUGCGCAGAAUUCGGAUUGGUCUUUCUGGUUCGAGCUAUCCAAAAAGAGUCCUGAAUUUGGGAAUCCUUCCAAUUUCUGUUCUCGGAUUGGAGAAUCUAAACUAGUGACAUUUACUGUUACUCUUAGCGACUCCCCUUUCUUUGACUUGUACACUGAAUUAACACAUAAUAAGCCCGGGUCAGGAUCCUUUGUGACAUUGGUCGAUAGCAACUGGUGCAUAACUAUCAAUGUCCCUCAACAGCCCAUAUUCUCAAAUCAACCCUCGAAUGUUCAAAUUUUCUGGGGCUAUGGGCUAGACUCACAAAAUGAUGGAAAUAUUGUUCAGAAGCCCAUGUAUAAUUGCACGGGUGAAGAGAUUAUGAAGGAGCUACUAUGGCAUCUGCAGUUACCCGGUGACGAUAUUCUCAAAACCUCGAUUACUAUUCCCUGCCUCUCUCCGUAUGCCACAUCUGCUAUGCUCACAAGGAAGCAAGGUGACCGCCCGGGUGUUAUUCCUUCGGGAACAACUAAUGUUGCAUUAGUGGGACAAUUCGUCGAGAUACCGGGUGAAACAACAUUCAGUAUGGAAUAUAGCGUACUGAGCGCAGAGAUAGCCGUCUCCCGAUUGAUGGGCGAAAAGGAACCCAGGAGAUCCAGAAAAAAUAGUCUCCUUGAGGCUUUUGAUGUACUAUCUUAA